GUUUCUCUCUCUCUCCAUCCUUCCCUCCUUCAAUUAAUCCUUUCUUUCUUUAUUUAAUUUUUCCUCCUUCCUUCAUCCUGCCUGAAUGGAGAGAACAGAGAGAUACGGCGGCCAUGAUGAAUCCACUACCCACAAUUCCCUGCACCUGUCUUAGUGGCCUGAAUGAGAAGAUAUAGUUGUGUGUGUGAUGACUUUGCACUUAUCACACACACACACACACACACACACACACACACACACACACACACACACACACACACACACACACUGAAUCUCUGCAGUCUAACUGUCGCUACACUCCGAUAUCUCACAGCGAGCUCAUGAUAAAGGCCUUGUUUUUUUCCCCUGCCAUCAAUACUGGAUGCGUUUGACAGUCGCUCGAUUUGUUUGUUGGCUGGUUUCAUAUCACACUCAUUCCCUCUCUUCUCUCUGUUCUCUUUACGGAGCGACUGCACGUCAGGUGGGAUUCUCUCUGUCAGCGUUUGAAGCGGGCGGAGACGCACACGGGAGACGCGAACGCAGCCAUUGAUUUUUAAAAAUACCUCCUUCUCCGUUCCUGUCCGUAAUUCUCCCCCGAUCUGAAAGUUACGGAGUGACGGAAGCCGGUCGCGCUGCGACUCGUCGAGCUGUUCGUGACACUCGAAUCUCUCGCCGGGUAAAUAAUCAACAAAGUCUGCAUCCUGUCACCAGCUGAAAACAGACCCUGACGAGUACAGAUUAGAAACCUGGUCCAGAUUUACUUUAUUCUGCACCGGAUCACUUCACUCUGAAUCCUGGAUCAUCAGCGGAGAGAAUAGUCAGACGGCGUCAUCGUUAUCGUUUCUAUAGCGACAACUCAUUCACACUUAAGACACACAGGAAGCGUCUGCGUGAGACCAAGCAGCAGCUGUCAGAGCUGAAAAAGGAGUGUGAAGAGAAACAGAAACAAGUGGAGAAGCUGCAAGCAGGAGCCACAAAGCAUGAAGUGCUGAUGAAGGAGAAGGCUGAGGAGCUUCAGAGAGCAAUCUCAGAGAAGAGAAACCUGGAGCUGGAGCUCGCCGUAAUCACCGAGAGACACAGAACGGCUCAACACGAGGCGUCCAGCCGAGAUCAGGCGAUUCUGCAGCUGAGGGCGGAGCUUCAAGUCACGGUGGAGAAAAACCAGGGGGUGCAGGAGGAGCUGGGGCUGCAGGAGGCUGAGGUCAGCAGGCUUAAUGAGAAGGUGAGGAAGCAGCAGGCCCACUUACAGGAGCUGAGAGAGAUGUGUCGCCACGGAAACGCCCGGAUGGACCACGAACAGCACAAAACACAACAGCUCCAGAGUCAGAUACAUCUCGCUCAGCAACAGCUGAAGCGACAGGCCGAGCACGCGGAGCGUCUUCAGGGAGAACUGACCGCAUCACGGCUCGACCGCGCCGCCGACGCCGAGCGCUGGACUCAAAGGAACCUUCUCCUGCACAGAGAGGUCCAGCAGCUCCAGGAGCAGAACCUCCAGCACACUCAGAACCUCAGAGAACACGGCGAGAAACUCGCAGAGGCCGAGCGCACGCGGCUCCUCGCCCAGACGAAGGUGACGGAGUACGAGGAGAUCCUGAAGAAGCGUGACACGGAGAUUAGACUUCUGAACCGGCAGCUGGAGGAGAUCCAGGACCAAGUGCAGAAGAGCAGGAACUCGUCCCAGAGUCAACGUUCUGCUCUGGAGAUCUUCAAACAGAAAUACACCAGUGCCAUGGAGAAGGUCCUUCAGCUGCAGGUACAGAUCCAGAGGACGGAGGAAGAGGCGGAGCUUUCUCAGAAACAGACGCUAGAGGCCCAAGCGGCUGAAAUGUCGAGUCUGGAGUCUCGCUACAUACACAAAGCGAAGGAGAAGGAGGAGGCCAUGGAGCUUCUCACGGACGAGCUUCAAGCAGCUCUGGAGGGCUUGAAGAGCCACGAGGAGAGAAACCUGCAGCGUGAGGAGGAGAUGGAGGAGUUACAGCUCAGGAUGGAGCACCAGCACAAACAGGUCCAGAAGGAAGUGGCCGAGCUGCAGAACACGUGUCUGACUCUCCGAACCAGAAACGAAGAACUGCAGAAGGUCCAUGACAAGCUGUGGAAAGUGACCGAGGAGAAGAACCAGAAGGAAAAGGAGAACCAGGUCAUGAGAUAUGAGCUCAAGCAACUGGGUCUUCAACUUCAGCAGCUUCUCUCUAUUUUCACAGAGACAGCUGAUGCUGUACUGGAGCGGGAAGACGGCGCUGUUUUCAUACCAUCAUUGCUCAGGAACACAGAAGAGCAGCUGAAUGACAAUCCUGAAGCGAAAGAGGACAUCCCUCAAUUCACCUGGAUACAGGGGACUGUAGAGCAGCUCCGGGUCCAGCUCCAGCUUUUACUGGGAUCUGUGAGGAAAGCUGGAGAAGAUGCAGCGCUGCAGCGGAGACUCGUCUGUGUGGCGGCGGGAGAGAGGGACGAGGCCAGAGAGCAGGGCCGCUAACGAGAGUCUGGCUGCACGGAUCAAACAGCAGAACAAGCUUUUGACCAGCAUCAGUCUGGAGAGAGAGUGCGAACUCAAGGGCCGAGUGGACGAGCACCUGAGCGAAAUCAACCACAUCCGGUCGAGACUGAGGUCCAACAUGCGGUCUGUUAUGCUGCUGAAUCAACAGUUGAGCAGCAUGAGCGAGGAGAACAUGAGGAACAAGAAGCUACUGGAGAAGGAGCAGAAAAGGCGUUCACAUCUGGAGCAGUUUCUGGGACUGAGCGUCCAUCAGAGCUCGGUUCCUCUCUUUCCUUCUCCAUCCCUCCGGCCCUCAGACCCGGAGCUCGACCGGAUGGAGAAACC